AUGUUCACUUCGAUUCAUCACAUCCACUAUGUGGUGCGCAACCGCGACGAAAUGGUGGAAUACAUCAGGAACACCUUUGGUAUGGAACCCGAUGACCUGCACGUGGUUGAAGGGAGGGGAAUGAAAGACGCUCUGUAUCGCGUUGGCGAAACACUCAUCGAGAUUACCGAGCCCCUGGAUGCAGACUCCGGCAUCGGGCAGCACCUUGCAGACCACGGGCCGGGCGUUUAUCACGUUGCCUUCGGGGUCGAAAACGUUCGUCAGGUGGCGGCUGAUCUGGCGGCCAAGGGCAAUCGGCUGCGGGGAAGAGGGCGGCGUCACGCAAAGCCCACGCGGUUACACCACCGCCAACAUCGAACCCGAAGACAGCCUGGGGUUGUGGUUCCAAUUAGCUGA